CUAGCACGUAAGCGCCACACUUUACAAUCUGUUCAAAUCCAACAUAUAUAUAUUUUUGAUCCACAAAAUGUUCGAGCUAAUCGUCGAAUUAAUAUUAUAUUUUCCAUUUCCACUCCUUGCAGUUACCCAGCAUGUGCACAACUGUGGUCCGCAGACGUUCCUGAUCAGCCGCAAGGGCGGCACCCUGCUGACCAUCAACAAUUUCGUCUAUCGCUCCAAUCUCAAGUUCUAUGGCAAGAGCAACGACAUCUUGUACUGGGAAUGUGUUCAGAAUCGAUCGAUGAAGUGCCGCAGCCGCCUGAAGACCAUCGGCGAUGAUCUCUAUGUAACAAACGAUGUGCACAACCACAUGGGCGACACGAAACGCAUUGAGGCAGCCAAAGCCUCCGGCAUGCUCAUACACAAGAAGCUGAGCUCACUGACCGCCGCGGAUCGCAUACAUGGCUGGAAUCGCGCCGACAGCGGCAUCGAUCAAAUGGUUAAGUUUGAAACUGCGUAGGAAAACAAACAACAAAUCGAAUAGUACCAAAAUGGAGUACAACUUGUAAAGCCUGAGCCCGAGACCCAGUAGGUUAUCUAAGGCUUACCAAAAAAAGUCAAUUCUUAUUGCAAAUAUUUAGAGUAUCGUUGAAAGAUCUGAGCAGCUAACCUAGUUAAAUGAAUGCCUUAGAGCCGCCGCAAAUGUUAACUACUGUAGUUAUAUUAAUUAUAAACAUUUAUGUAUAAAUUGAAAAAGACAUACUUUAAGCUUAGACCAGAGUUCACAAAAUGUUCGGUAUAGAAAGUAUAUGCACAACAGUUUAUGCCCUUGCAGGUUAUUAUAAUUUAUUUACAAAAUGUUGAAAGAAAGAAUUCUUUAAGCCCAUCAAAUAUAUAGUAUAUAAUUUUAGACAGCUCCUCUAUAAGCUCUAUAUAUGCUCAGUCCGGAUCUGUCUGUAUGUUUGAGUGAUUCGAUCUCAGAGAUCUAGAGAACUUUGACUAUACUCCAAUCCCCUUCAAAACUCCAAUAUCUCUUCUAGAUUAUAUAGAAAGUAGUUGUUAUUGAGUUAUCAUUUGUUUCGUAAGACUUUUCAAAUAAACUUGGCAUCAGGCUGCCAAAUUUUGAGAAUA